AGACAAGUGUUGGGGGAGUUGGUGAAGGGGGGAGUGUGCGAGCGUGAUGCUACAACCUCCUUAUAAAGGGACUCUCGCUCACGUUGCGGCUCGGAAAUUAGAGCACAUUGCCUAAAAGUGCGAUCUUCACUCACUCACUGACACGCACACAUAGACACAGACACACACAGAGACACAGACCCACACACGCACUUGUCUGGCACACGCCGAGCGCCGCAGCCAUGAACUGGAUGAACGCCGAGGAGACGCUCCGCGGGGCCGAGGCGCCUCUCUUCUGGGUCGGCGCGCUCACCGUGGCCUCCCUGGCGCUGUGGCUGCUCUACAGGCUGCUCUCGGGCUUCAGGAUCUGGGUGCUGGGGAACGGGCAGCUGCUCUCUCCGAAGCUGGGCAAGUGGGCAGUUGUGACGGGAGCCACGGAUGGAAUCGGGAAAUCCUAUGCGGAGGAGCUGGCUCGCCGAGGAUUCGCCAUGAUGCUGAUCAGUCGCUCCCAGGACAAGCUGGAGGACGUGGCCACGUCGCUAAAGGAGCAGUUUAAAGUCGAGACCAGAACCAUUGCAGUCGACUUUGGCAAGACGGACAUCUACGAGAAGAUCGAGGCGGGCCUGGCCGGUCUAGAAAUUGGAGUCCUUGUAAACAACGUCGGCGUGUCGUACCCCUACCCCGAGUACUACCUGGAAAUUCCCGACCUCGACAACUUCAUCACAAACAUGAUCAACGUCAACAUCACCUCAGUGUGCCAGAUGACCCGUCUGGUGCUGCCCAGAAUGAGUAAGAGGUCCAAAGGUGUAAUCCUGAACAUCUCCUCCGCAAGCGGCAUGUACCCCGUCCCUCUGCUUACGGCCUAUUCCUCCACAAAGGCCUUUGUGGAUUUCUUCUCUCGUGGCCUUCACGAGGAGUACAGGCGUCAAGGCAUCAUCAUUCAGAGCGUGCUGCCGUUCUUCGUGGUCACCAAAAUGACUCGCAUCAAGAAGCCCACCCUGGACAAGCCCACGCCGGAGCGCUAUGUGGCGGCUGAGCUCUCCACUGUGGGUCUGCAGGGCCAGACCAACGGCUACUUCCCCCACGCUGUCAUGGGUUGGCUGACCACCAAGCUGGUUCCGAUGAAGCUGGUCAUCUUCUUCGGCGCCAGGAUGAACCGCCUGCAGCGCACCGGGUACCUGCAGCGCAAGAAGCUGCGCGAGCAGAGGAACGGAGGAGCUCUGAAGAGCGACUAGGAAGGCGAGCUCUUCAGGCCUCGGUGCAGCGUUUGAGGAAAGUGGAGGUUGUGGUGUGCGUUUUUUUUCUUUUUUCUUUUUGUGGUAUCCGCCCGGGUUACCUGAGAUCUCACAACGUGCGCCUUCAGGAAGUGUAGUCAGGUGGAAGCACAGAAACGGCCAAAGAAGGAAAGGGGCUGAAGAAGUGAAAAUAAAGUGCUUCUCGUGACAGAUGACGCAAUACAUUCAGUCGCUGAUUCAUGGUGGAGAUGAUAAACAACAGAGAAUAAGUGAUUUGUUAACCCUGCUGUUGUAAGCAGUGGAAAAUGGUGGUGGGCAUCUUUUUAUAUAUUUGUAAAAUAAUUUAUUUUAUAUUUAGUAUGAACACACAAGCUGAACUCUGACAGAUUUUAAGACUAGCCUCCAACUUAGUUCUGUUUACAAGCCAAUGAGCCAUUUAGGGAUGGCAACCUCUGCUUUCUAUUACGUCUGUUUACUUUCGUUACUGAACUGCCAUCGUCUUGCAUUGGUUUCUUGUUAUUUUAUAUAUGUAAUCUUGGGUGUUAACAAAAUACUUUAAAAAUUAUACUUGGGUGGGUUGUUGUUGCACAAAUGCUUAACUUCUCCUAAAACCGAAGUGUUCUCAUUAACUGGUAUUCAUCACAAGUGCCUUUCUACCGAGAAUGAAUGCAGGUUAUAGGUCAGGCAAACCAGAGGUUGUCUGGUUCAGAAAUGUUUUCUGAAAGGAUGUAUUUCAGCUGCUGCAAUACGCAUGUGAACUACACAGUUCCUCCAUUUUGUGCCUCCUUUUUUUUUUUUUUAAAUCAAAAUGUAAACCUUCAAAGACAGAAAAACCUCAACUGCUGCGCAUUUGCAGUCAUUCCUCCAGUGUUUCUUGAGAGGAUUUCGCAGCAAUAGAAUGUUCCCUUCAGUUGGAGUUCAAAGUAAAACGCCUAAUACCUACAGACUGCUGCAAAAAAAACGGAGAACUGCGCUUCCUCUCACAUGUUUAUGCACAAAUGAAUAUUCCAUGCGACUUGGUCUGACCUGUGCCUAACGAAGUGGUCGUGUGAAUGCUCCUCCGUUUGUGUAACAAGUCUUUUUUUUUAAAAAAUAUGCUUGGAAAUCAAAAAAUGUAAAUUAAAAUGUCUAAAAUAUAGCUGGCAAAUUUGUUUUCUACUGUUUGUUAAUAAAAGUUCUGCAUACAGCA